AUGUCUAGAGGCUAUACAACUACAGGUGUAUAUGACGAGAAAGACCGACCUGUCGACGAUAACCGAUCUACCUCCAGCGAGACUUUGUUAGGAGAAACUGGACUUCGACCCCAUACAUCCAAAAGACUUUCCAGUGCAUACAUUCUUCUUCUUCCCGUUGUCUUUGGACUAGGCAUUGUUCUAGGCAUUACUAGUCUUUCAUUCUUCAAGAGGCCUGAGUUUGUUCCCGGACUACGUCUAAAGACACCUAUACCCAAUGAGGUCUUUCAACAGCGAUUGAAAAUCCCAUUUGUGCCUGAUAAUAGAUACUAUGGCAGUGGUGACGCCACAGAUAAAGCCUGGCAAGAAAUAACGAGCGGGGGCGAUUCGAUCUGGCUAGAAAACCCAUCAAAUUAUGGCUUAGCCAAGGGUAUUUCUGACCCAUUGAAUACGGAGAGCAUGGAUGAGCGGUUCUACGUCUUGUCAAAUCUCCACCAACUUCAUUGUGUGAAUGUUGUUCGACGUCGCUUUCGCUACUAUGAGUCUCAAAUCGGGCAACCCGCCAACGAAUCCGAGGCGAUUUUCGCGGCCUGGACAGAGCAUACUGAUCAUUGCUUUGAAUACCUACGUCUUUCAAUCACAUGCGGAGACUUCCUAGUUCUGGAACCUGCUAGUCCACCGGGGACAUCGCCAGAGCUGACGGCCGGCGGGCUGGGAUGGGGUGUAGUGCACGAGUGCAUUGACUUUGACGCGUUACGGAAAUGGCAGGCUGCCAAGCGACGCGAGUCUGAAGAAUCCGUACCUUAG